GGGCGGGGCUAGGCGGCGCGGCGUCGGCCGGGCCUUUCCUCAACUUCGCGCCUGUUGCUCGGGAUUCCGGCGUGGACCGGCUAGGGGCGCCGCGGCCAGGGACCGGCUUCCGAGGAGGGGAAGCAGCAGUCUCCCACCCGGGCGCCUCUGGGACCGCCAGGGUUCUCGCGCGCAGCCUUCGCAGACUCGCCCGUGCCGGGAUUUCGCGACAGGUCUCCUUUCCGGUUGGCGGUCUGGCAGAUCGCGGUCAGCGGGCCGGUUGCCGGAAGUCACUGCCCGGGAAGGAAGCGCCACCGGCCUGUCCCGGUCCCGCCUCGGAGCAGUCCCUGCGGAGAUCGAGCUGUCCCACGCUCCCGGAGCGUCCCCGGCAUGAAGCCCAACUUCUCUCUGCGGCUGAGGGUGUUUAACCUCAACUGCUGGGGCAUCCCCUACCUGAGCAAGCACUUGGCAGACCGCCUGAAGCGCCUGGGAGACUUCCUGAACAUGGAGAGUUUUGACUUGGCUCUGCUGGAGGAGGUGUGGAGUGAGCAGGAUUUCCAGUACCUGAGACAGAAGCUGUCGCCCACUUACCCAGCUGCACACUACUUUAGGAGCGGAGUCAUUGGCAGUGGCCUCUGUGUCUUCUCCAAACACCCAAUCCAGGAACUCACCCAGCAUGUCUACACCCUCAAUGGCUACCCCUACAUGAUCCAUCAUGGCGACUGGUUCUGUGGGAAGGCUGUAGGGCUGCUGGUGCUCCAUCUAAGCGGACUGGUGCUCAAUACCUACGUGACCCAUCUCCAUGCCGAGUACAGCCGACAGAAGGACAUCUACCUAGCACAUCGUGUGGCUCAAGCUUGGGAACUGGCCCAGUUCAUCCACCACACAUCUAAGAAGGCCGACGUGAUUCUGUUGUGUGGAGACCUUAACAUGCACCCAAAAGACCUGGGCUGCCGCCUGCUGAAGGAGUGGACAGGGCUGCGCGACGCCUUCCUAGAGACCCAGGACUUUGAGGGCUCCGAAGAAGGCUAUACGAUGGUCCCCAAGAACUGCUACGUCAGCCAGCAGGACCUGGGGCCUUUUCCUGUUGGCAUCCGCAUCGACUACGUGCUUUACAAGGCAGUUUCUGGAUUCUACAUCUCCUGUAAGACUCUCAAAACCACUACAGGCCAUGACCCUAGUGGUGGCACCCCCCUCUCUGAUCAUGAGGCCCUGAUGGCUACUCUGUAUGUGAGGCACAGCCCCCCACAGCCAAACCCCAGUCUUACCCACGGACCAGCAGAGAGGUCACCAUUGGUCAGCGUCCUAAGGGAGGCCUGGACAGAGCUGGGUCUGGGCCUGGUUCAAGCAUGCUGGUGGACCACCUUCACUGGCUAUGUGAUCAGCCUGGGGCUGCUCUUCCUGCUGUUGCUGUGUGUCCUGGCAGCUGGAGAAGGAGCCAAGGAAGCUGCCAUACUGCUCUGGACGCCCAGUGUAGGACUGGUGCUGGUGGCGGGUGCAAUCUACCUCUUCCAUUUGCAGGAGACUAAAUGCUUUAAUAAGGCCCGGGCUGAGCUCCAGCACAUGCUGAGAAAGGCAAGGGAGGCCCAGAACCUGGGCCCUGAGUCCCCACCAGCCCUGCACCUGGGACAGCAGGAAAGGGACAGAGCUGAGGAACAAUAAAGCUUGACACUUUCA